UUCUGUUCAACAAGUAAAAAUCUGCAAAGCAUUGAUACAAGCUUUGUCGAGGCUAUUGAUCAGCAUAAUACGUUGUUCCAGCUUCCUGUCAUCAUAGAUUUAGUACCUCAAAAUCCAAAAUCUACUGGAAGGGGACUAAUGAUUGAGGGAGUAGAUCAAUGCUCGCUGGCUAUUAGGAAGGGAAACGUUGAAAAGAGCAGUGAAAGUGUUUCAGUAGAGCGUGUCAUCCAUCAAGUAGUGAGGUUUUGAAAUUAAGUCAAUGAAAAAAAAUAUCAACGUCAAACAUGGAAAAAAGUUCGAAAAAGGAAUUAUUGACUAUUAUAAAUCAACAAAACGAAAAGAUUAGUCGAUAUGAAACACGUUUGAGAGAUGUGGUAAUAGCAUACAAAGGACUAGUAACAGAAAAAGAAGCACUUGAAUCAAGUGUUAAGGCUUUGAGCACAUCUCAAUCGUCCACUAACAACAGGCCCGAGAGACAUGACACCAACGAUAAAAAUACUGAAAAAACUAGUAAAAACCCCAGAGAGGUAGAAAAUCAAGAUUUGGAAGAGACUAAGGAGAAUGAAAAUCAAAUUAAAGAUGAGGAGAAUGACAGCGUUAAACAACUACAUCAACAACUUACAACUUUAACAAAUUCUCUUGCCACACUUUCUGCUGAGAAGUCUCGAAUGGAAGCAAGUUUUCAAGCAGACAAGAAGCAACUUCGAUUGGAAAAAGAAGAGCGUGAUAAAUUAAUUCGUGAUCUGCAAAUUAAAAAUCAGCAAGCAUUUAGCGAAAUAGAAAAUCUUAAAUUAAAACUUACUAAUGAACGUCAGGAACGUGACAAGGAGCAAAAUGAUCAUGGUGUAAUGAUCAGGGAAUUACAAAAAUUACUGGCUGAUGAAAGACAUCAGGUUGAAAUUUUGGAAAUGCGAUGUGAAGAAUUGAAAUCCAAAUCAACGCAGAUGGAACUACAGAACAGUCAAAAUGACAGAAAAAUGCGAGACUUGAAAAAUGAAUUAGAAUCUUCUAGAAGAAAGUUAAAACGAGCCGAACUAGAAAUAAAAAGUAAGGAAGCACCUCCAUUGUUAUUUGAAUUGCAAGAAGAAAUGGCUAACUUGAAACUUCAUCAUCAAGAUGCAAUUUUACAGGAGCAACAAAGAGUCGCUGAAGCAGAAGAACGUGCUCGUAAAUUAGCAGCUGCACAUGAAGAAAGAGUGGCAAAUCUGGAAUCUAGAUUAGCUGAACUGUCAGAAACUGUUGGAACGUACGAUAGAUUACGUCAGCAAGACCAAGCAGCUAUAACAAAACUAAAGGAACAUAUUGCUCAAUUAGAUCUUGAAAACACUUGUGGUACAGGUCAAAAAGUUUUGAAUUUUGGAGCGGAAGAACUGAAAGAAAAUAAAGAAGUUGAUGUUAACGCUGAUAUUCCUACAUUAGUCGAGCAUAUUAUAAACUUAAAAACACAACUUCUUCAGAUGAAUCAACAGUCAGAAAAACCUAUUGAUGUAAAGGCCAUAUUUAAUAUAUCUGCUGAUCCAGAUGAAAACCUACACAACAAAUGUGAAGAGAAAAUUUUGCAUCUUCAGAAUGAAAUUGAAUAUCUCAGGAAACAAGAGCCUGGAGUAAAUGAAGAGGAUGAUACAACUUCUCUUGUUAAUGCUUUGAAAGAGAGAAUUCAGUUGUUGAAUGCUCAGAUGAGUGAUGGAGAAGAAAAUAAAAAGCUCAUUGACAACUUACAAAAAAUGUUGAAGGCAGAGAAGGCAAGAAGUAAAUCUGAACUCACUGCUGUGGAGACAGAUUACCGUUGUCGAUUAGCGCUUCUUGAGCAGCAAUUGCAAAAACAGCGUGAACGUUCGUUAAUGCUACUAGAAGACAAAGAACAAGAAAUAAGAAUAUUAAAAUCAUCUUUUGGAAUGUUUUUACCUGGAAGUAAAGCUGGACUCAGUCAUGCAGAGCAACAGCAAGUACUGAAAUGUUACUAUUUUAAAUCUACAUUUUUAAUGAAUCUUUUGUCACUUUUCUGAACAUAUAUACUAGUUUGUAACUUGUAAAUGUUCUUAGAUGAAAUGGUGUUUGACUUCGCUUCUUUUGUGUUGCUAAUAUUCUAUAAUAAAAUCUACUUUCAUUUUAUUCACAUAUAGGACAUGAAAGCAUGGUUGCAUACAUUCUUACAUUCAAAAUAAAUAGUCUAAUAUAAAGGUUAAUUAAAAAUGACCCUCAUACCAGCAAAAUGGGGCUUCUGUUAACCAUAAUGAUAUCAUUUCUGCAGAAAAUAGUUUGAAAUUAUGGAAGAAAUAUCAAGGAAGGCCAACUACAUUUACGGGCCCCUGUUUUCCAUUAAACAUUUUUAUCUACAUUCUAUUCUACCAGGAUUUUAAUAUACUAGUAUUUUGAUAAUAUACUGCAAUGAGAGGCAAUAACUACAGUAUGGUAACAAAGCACAAUAAUUCUUUUCGAUAAGAAAUGUUUAAAGGACAAUGUAAACAACAAUCGACCUUUUACUGUGGUAUUGAACAUUAACAAAAUUGUUUCAAAAAUAUUAUCUGGCUGGAUAACGAAACAGUAGAGCGGAACCAACCUGUGGAACAAGCCCAGUUUCAUUCAGAAAAAGACUAUCGUUGAGUUACACAAAGAUUCCCAGACAGAAGGUGUAAGAGGGGGAAAAUCGUCAUUCACAUUGUCUCAGGAUGUGGCUUUUCGCAUUAUGCCAUUCCAAUGUUGGUGCCAGAAAUUUAAUAAUACAUUUCCUCCUUAGUCAGAUAAUCGCUUUAUAUUCUCUAAAAACCAUUCCGUUUCUGCGUACGACAGGCUUCUGGCUUGUAGAGAUAAUUUUCACAUUCAAAAUCUUUCCGUUCUGGGACAUUUUGUCCGGAGUGGUAGAGAUUUUGUCUUUGCUUUAUACAGUAAAACCUAUUUUCAUAUUCCCGAGACUAUUGCUAUUUCUGAAACUUUCCUCUUUCAGUAUGCGUCAAUCAUCUCCUUUAUCUAAUGACAAAACGUGAUUACGGGGUGUAUGGUAUAGUUAUGUUGUCAGAGCACGGGGGGUCUAACUUUCAUAAAUUAACUUGAUGACCCAACAGCUAUGAAGUGAAGCUUGAUUGAAAUGUAAGCCCUUUGUUGUUAUUAUUGAAAACAAUACCAAACAAAUGUGAGUUCCAUAAAAUAUUUUAAUCUUUAUUCAUUUACGCCAGCCAAGAUUAAUCUUGCCGUGUUCACAAGUGAGUAAUUUCAGGCGGAAAAAUGCCAGCUUAUUCCACAUAAUAUAUAAUCAAUAAAUAAUUCCUUUGCUGUUUUGGAAGUCAUAGAAGUGAAAUCAAAUAAGUGCUGGAUAGUAACAAAGCAUUUCUCAGCAAAACAAUAUAGGGAACAUUUGUUCAUGGAAUUGAGGAGUAGAAGACGCUGGUAGGUUUCCCCCCACCCUGUGAAAAGACUCACCAGAAUGUAACCUUUGAGGUCACAAAAUAUAGUAUCUGACAUUUUAGCAAAUGGAAACAUGCCCUGACCCCUGCCAUCUAGUGUUUACUAUGUUAAUAACAUAAGCUCUUCUUUAUGUCUACAUUUCUAAAAAAACGCUUCCCUUUCUGCACUAAUAUUCACAAGGCGGAGGGGUUAAUUUUGUAGUAUUAUUUAAUCCUAUAAUGAAUGGAAUUUAGAGAAAAUUGUAAUAAAAAAAUAUAAUAGGGUUUUAAAACAAGAAGGGAAUUUUUUUUUAUAACAUUCGACAUUUUAAGUCAUUAAUUCAUCCCAUACUACCUGCUGAAUUGACAGAUUAAACCUUAAAUUGUUUAAUUAAAUAAUUUAACAGCAUCAAAAAAACGUCAGCUGGUUAGUGAUUCUGUUAUUAUCCAUUCUAAAAUGCAUUAGUUGUAGGUUGGAACAGCCACUGCCCCUUUCACCAUUUUUGUUGUGCAAGACAUCGUCAUUAAUUGUGCAUUCAAUGUAUGUGACGUCAUACUUUUUUUAGCAUUUUGUAAUUAUCAUACUUUUUCCUGCCAUUGAGUUCAAUAACACUAGUGAAUCAGUUGUAAUUGUAUGUAAUUGAUCAAUAAUGUAGUUAUUGCAAUAGUUUUGUAAUGAAUAAAAAGAGUAAAUUGCCUUAAAAAUCUAAUGAACAACAAAUAAUAUUUUGGUACUUGUGUUCAGAAUUGUUUAAUGUUGACUAGUGUCUAAUCUUCUCUUAUAUUGCGUUUUAUUCUGUUAGAAAACUUCCAUGCCUGGUUAUAACCAAUUUAAAAAUUUACUUCUAAAUACUUGUCUUCAAAACUAUAAAAUUUUGUUAUGAGUUAAGACAGGAUUGUCUUACUGGCAGUCCACGGUGCCAUUUGUUCUGACCCGCAAAACAUUAUUAGUCAAUAGUGAACGUCCCUUCCAUCAAUGCAACUUCGCAACUUCAGUAAAGGUUAUAGUUGUGGCCCUUGAGGCCUUGCAAGUUCGACACCCCUGAGCUAAGACAUACUCUAU